AUGGAUAUCGCCAACGUUCGAGGGUUACUCCUCGCCACGCUGGAUGCCAAUGCCGACACACGAAGGCAUGCCGAGCUCCAGCUCAAGCAGGUCGAGGACCAUGGCGGCGUCAUGGAUGCGCUCACCGAGAUUAUGCAGACCGAACAAGACAACAACGUUCGUCUAGCGACUGCCAUCUACAUCAAGAACAGAGUAAAUCGUUCCUGGUCACGGACCGAACAUUACGCGACCGAGAAGCUUCUCCCAGAAGAUGAGAAGGCCCGCUUCCGCGACCGCUUGCUCCCCAUCCUUGCUGCCUCCCAUGGCCCCGUCCGCCAACAGCUCGUUCCCGUCCUCCAACGGAUUCUUCAGUUCGACUUUCCCGACAAGUGGCCCAAUUUUAUGGACUUCACGAUGCAGCUCCUGAACACCAACGACGCCCCUUCGGUUUUGGCGGGUCUCCAGUGCCUUCUUGCCAUCUGCCGCGCCUACCGAUACCGCUCCGGCGAGACCCAUAACCGCACGCACUUCGACAAGAUCGUGGAAGUGAGCUUUCCUCGUCUCCUCGCCAUCUGCAACGAGCUCGUGAAUCAGGAGAGCGAAGAGGCUGGUGAGAUGCUUCACCUUGCCCUCAAGGCUUACAAGCAUGCCACAUGGCUUGAGCUUUCACCUUUCCUGCGACAGCGCGAUAACAACAUCGCCUGGUGCACCGUUUUCCUCAACACCGUCUCCAAGACCAUUCCGGCUAUCGCCAUGGUCGAAGAGGACCCGUACGAGCGCGAGAAGCAUCGUUGGUGGAAGGCGAAGAAAUGGGCGUACUUUAACCUUAACAGACUCUUUAUUCGACACGGAAAUCCCUCUACGUUUACGAAAUCCGCCGACCCCGAUGUUCUCAGGUUCGCCGAGGAGUUCAUUGUUAGGAUUGCUCCAGAAAUUCUUCAGAAAUACCUCCAGGAGAUCGAGAAAUGGGUUACCAAGACCACGUGGCUUAGCCGACCUUGUCUUUCGUAUACCCUCGUCUUCCUUGACGAGUGUGUGCGACCCAAGGAGAUGUGGCCCUACUUGAAGCCUCAUCUUAACACCCUCAUUACCCACCUUGUCUUCCCGGUUAUCUGCCUGUCUGAGGAGGAUCUCGAGAAGUUCGAGGAUGAGCCCGAGGAGUACCUUCAUCGGAAGCUCAAUUACUUUGAGGAGGCUUCCGCCCCCGAUAUUGCCGCUACCAACUUCCUUGUCGGCUUGACCAAGACGCGGCGGAAGGAGACGUUCGAGAUUCUCAAGUUUAUUAAUGCCGUCGUCACAGAAUACGAGCAAGCGCCUGACGACAAGAAGAACCACAUCGCCAAGGAGGGUGCGCUGCGCAUGAUUGGAACCCUUGCGCCCGUUAUUCUCGGCAAGAAGAGCCCUAUUGCGGACCAAGUGGAAUAUUUCCUUGUGCGCUACGUCUUCCCCGAUUUCACCAGCUCCCAGGGCUUCCUUCGUGCGCGAGCUUGCGACAUCGUCGAGAAGUUUGAGCAGCUCAACUUCCAGGACCAGAAUAACCUCGUCAGCAUUUACCGACACAUUCUCGACUGCAUGGCGGACCCCGCGCUCCCCGUUCGCAUCACCGCCGCUCUCGCCCUUCAACCUCUCAUCCGACACGACAUUAUCCGAGCUAGCAUGCAGCAGAGCAUCCCGACCAUCAUGCAGCAACUCCUUAAGCUGGCUAACGAAGCUGAUAUCGACGCUCUUGCCAACGUGAUGGAGGACUUUGUGGAGGUCUUCGCUACUGAGCUCACCCCCUUCGCUGUCGCCCUGAGCGAGCAACUCCGAGACACGUAUUGUAGAAUUGUGCGGGAACUCUUGGAGAAGAACGACAAGCUCGGAGAAGACAACGAGUAUGGUGAAUAUCUGGAUGAUAAGAGUAUAACGGCGCUCGGUGUCUUGCAGACCAUCGGUACCCUCAUCCUGACUUUGGAGAGCACUCCCGACGUGCUGUUGCACAUUGAGACCGUCUUGAUGCCUGUUAUCCAAAUUACCUUGGAGAACAAGCUCUAUGAUCUUUACAACGAGGUGUUUGAGAUCAUUGACAGCUGCACCUUUGCCGCCAAGGCGAUAUCCCCGACCAUGUGGAAGGCAUUUGAGCUUAUCCACCAGACGUUCAAGUCGGGCGCGCAGCUCUACCUCGAGGACAUGCUUCCGGCCCUCGACAAUUUUGUCCAGUACGGUGCUGCCGAUCUGACAAGGAAGCCGGAGUAUGUCGAGGCUCUGUACUCGAUGGUCGCGGAGCUCUUUGUCGACGAUAAGCUCAGUCGAGUGGAUCGGAUUUGUGCGUGCAAACUGGCGGAAGCGAUGAUGCUGAGUCUACGCGGCCACAUCGACCAAUGUGUCCACGGGUUCAUCGACAUGGCCAUGAGCAUCCUUGCGACUGAGGAGAUCAAGGGCAAGUCGUACAAGAUUCACCUCAUGGAGAUGGUCAUUAGCGCGGUUCACUACAACCCGAUCCUCACGCUUCAGGUGCUCGAGUCGAAGCAGUGGACGAAUAAGUUUUUCAGCCUCUGGUUCGGCAACAUGAGCUCCUUCACCCGAGUCCACGAUAAGAAGCUGUGUGUGGCUGCCAUUUCUACCCUGCUCAGUAUCCCUCCGGAGAGCGUACCGACCAGCGUUUCUACUGGAUGGCCGAGGCUUCUUCAGGGAAUUGCUGAACUGUUCAGGACCUUGCCUGCUGCUAUCAAAAGCCGCGAAGAGGCGUUGAAGGACGAUUACCAAUACGACCCUGGUGCCUACGACUAUGGCGGCGAUGAUGACUGGGCUGACGAGGAUGCUAGCUGGGGUGAGGACGGAACGCAGUCCGCAGAGGCGCCGCAGCCAGGACAAGAAGCCGAACCGGCCACGGAGGGUCGGGACGAGAGCAGCGCCUACUUGGAUUUCUUGAACGAGGAAGUUCAAAAGUUCCGAGGCGCAGAUGAGAUCGACUCUGAUGACGAUCUCGGCGAGGAGAGCCUUAUUCUUGACUCUCCUUUAGACAAGAUUGAUGCGUAUCAGCUCUUUGCCGCUACUAUACACAAGAUGCAACAAGAGCAGCCACAGUUCUACACAGAACUUGCGCGACAGAUCUCGGCAGACGAUAUGGGAAUGAUCCAGGCGGCGAUUACCAAGGCGGAGCAGACCGCGAUGGAGCAGUUGGCGCUCGCUCAGCAACAAGGGGCUAACCUGCAGAUGCAGCAACCGACUCCCGGUGCUCCCAAUGGAGGAGCUAACUAA